GAGGAAAGUGGCAAAUGCAUUCAUUUCCUACAGUUCGACGAGAGUUGCAAGUGAGAACUCAAAGAAAAGAUUGAAGGAUUCGUCUUGUCUUGGUUUGGCGCCAGUUAGUUGAUUGUAGAAAUGGUGAUAAUUAUUAUCGACAGGCAUUUUUUCAUCCAUCCAAAUGAUGGUACUCUUUUAUCUCGUUCGGGAUCUCAACGUCAGUCACCAUCUACGAUGCUAUUUUAAGCCUCCGCUGCCCUGAAGUCAGUUUCUCGCAUCGCAUAGCUUGACUCACUACCAUGACAACUACAGUGAGUGAAAAAUCUAUUCCUCGUGCGCUUACCAUUGCAGGCAGCGAUAGUGGAGGAGGAGCCGGCAUUCAGGCCGACCUCAAGACAUUCACGUCCCUGCACGUAUAUGGCACUUCAGUUGUGGCUGCACUCACGUCUCAAAACACCCUCGGCGUGGACGCCAUCCACGAUGUCCCGGUCGAGUUUGUUCAAAAACAACUGGAAGCCGUGCUCAGCGACAUUGGUACCGAUGCCGUAAAAACCGGGAUGUUGUCUUCGGCCGCUAUUAUUACCGCCGUCGUUCAAACCCUCAAAAAAUACCCCGAAGCGGCGCGACACAUCGUGGUGGAUCCUGUGAUGGUGGCUACCAGCGGCUCCCGUUUGCUGGCAGCGGAUGCUACUCAAGCCUACAUAUCCGAGUUGCUGCCAAUCACUUACUUAUUGACGCCCAAUGUACCCGAAGCGGAAGUGUUGCUAGGUCAGCAAAAGAAUAGCAUUCAGUCGGUGCAGGACAUGCAUGCCGCUGCGCGAAAGCUGGGCGAGAUGGGUCCCAAAUAUGUCUUGCUGAAAGGCGGUCACUUGCCUGUGGAGCGGGAAAAUGGUAAAAAGGUGGUCGAUGUUCUUUACGAGUCAUCGACAGGAGUUAUCAAAGAGUUUGUCAAUCCCUAUGUGGACACCAAGAACACUCACGGUACAGGAUGCACACUUUCCUCCGCCAUUGCUGCCGAACUUGCCAAAGGAAAGGAUGCCUUCCGUGCGGUCGUUGCCGGUACUACAUAUAUCCAGGAUGCCAUUCAGGAUUCUCUUGGAUGUAUUGGAAAAGGUUCAGGUCCCAUCAACCAUUUCCACAAUGUGCGCUGGAUGCCGUAUGAAGGCAAGAGCUUUGUGGAAGCUUUGAAAUCGUCUCUGCCGACCGGGGUUUGGGAUCAGUUCAUUGAUCAUCCUUUUGUCCGCGGUAUGGCGGACGGUACCUUGCCCAAGGAGAACUUUAUCUUUUACAUCAAGCAAGAUUAUUUGUACCUGCAGCACUACGCACGAGCGGCGGCUUUGGCGGCUUACAAAUCUGCUGAUAUUGAAAUGUGUGCCAGAAAUGCCAAAAUCGUUAUCCAUAUCCAUCAAGAAAUGCAGUUGCAUUUAAAGUACUGCGAGAAAUGGGGUAUCAGCAAGGAAGAGGUUCUCGCUACUCCCGAGAGUGUGUUCAAUGUCGCCUAUACACGCUAUGUGUUGGACAAAGGUGCUACGGGUGACCAGCUGGAUCUCCAAGUUGCCAUGGCUCCUUGUUUGAUUGGUUACGGUGAAAUUGGUAUGAAGCUUUACAAUGAUCCCAACACAAAGCGAGAGGGCAACCCUUAUUGGACAUGGAUUGAAAACUAUGCUGAAGGAGACUACCAAGAAGCAGUGAGAACCGGCCGCAACAUUAUGGAAGAACUCGCGCAACACAACGUGUCUACAUCGCCUACUCGUUUCCGUGAAGUCUGCAAUAUCUUUGAAGCAGCUACCAAACUGGAAAUCGAAUUUUGGGAAAUGGGCCUUCAAAUGCGUUAAAAAAGAAAGAGUUAUAACUCAUAUGUUAACUUAGAAUCCCCCUAGAAGACAUUUUAGAAUGAAAAAGAACCUUUUUUUUUUACUCAUGUCAGGCAACAUGACAGUAUGAGAGAAAUGGUCCUGAACGUUGAUUGGCU